GUCUUUGCUUUUAGUUUGAGCUGGGCGAGCAGCCAGUAAGCUCGUGUUAUUCCUAUCCAUCGACAGCAAAAUUUUUAUCCAUGAAAUUCAAUUUUCAGCUGUGUCUUCACAAUCAAAACAGUACCAUUCAAUCUCAAUUACGGUGUUAAUCUGUGAUGAUGUGAAAGGGCGGGAAUCAAUCCUUAAAUUGUACAUCAAAUGAUUUGGACAAUAUCUGUACAAUGACCAAAAUCAUUGAUGAAACUUAAUUCAAUACCUGGGGUGGUUUAUUCUGUGAUGCCGAGGGAAUAAGUUUUGAUGACCUAUUGAGAUUGCGGUUUGAGACUUGAGGUGAAGAUCUAACGCAAGAGGGAGAAAGACCCCGGGAAGAGUGCGCGUGCUGGUAGUCCAGGUGUUGGACCAGGUGGUGAUUGUCCUUUGGUGUCUCGUGCCGGUGAAAAAUUUAUUCCUGGGAACGUCAGUUCCGUUGGUAUCUUGGGCUUGCAUACCUCGGUGCUCUAUUCCUCAUGCUGGGAGUUCUGAAGCGCCGCUGGAAGCCUUCAAAAAGGGCUUCCAGUGGCCGUGGAUCUGAUUCACCCCUCAGUUCCGAGCUCGCUCUAGACAAACCACGUCCAAUACCAUCCCCCCGACAAAUUCAUCCCCUGUACGGCGAGAAAGCUGGACUUUUGGGGUAUUACGACGCUGUCGGUAAUACGGAGAAUUUUCCACCCGCUCCGAAUAUUGUUGUUGAGGGUGGAAGAAUCGAGUUUGUACGGCCAUCGCACGAUGGCACCACAACGACACGAAGAAAUACGGUAUCACGUGGAUCGCAGACGUUCAUUGAACAACAGGAGAAGUCUGAUCCAGCCAAGGAGUGCUUGGAGGAGAGGGUGCUCGAGCUGGAGAAGUUACUGCAAAACGAGAGGGCUGCUGCGCAAAGGGAUCGAGCCACUAUCACUAAAUUACAACGCCAAAUCAACAAGAGGGAGGCGACACAACGCGAUGUGGAACGAGAACGGAGACUGCGAAUGGAGGCCGAGUCACGUGUACGCGAGGCUACGGCCGAGGCGGAACGAGCACGAGCGAGGGUGCAUCACCUCCAGCGUGAAUUGGCGAGGAUGGAGGAAACCUCACGUGGACUAUUGCAACACAAACAGAGGGCAGAACAACUCAAACAGGAGAGAACAGCACUGACACUAUCUUACGAGACUCGAGUACAUCAGUAUCAAAAUCAAAUCUCAAAACUACAAUUGGAAAAUGAAUCGAUGCGCGGACAAUUACGUGGACUAGAGGCUGCUUGCGCUGGUGAAGUACAUGCAGCAUUAGUUGCUAGAUUAGCGACACUGGAGACUGAGCACGUUGCAUUAGCCCGUGACGCUGAUGCACAGAGGAGACAGUACGAGAGGUGUUUAGACGACGUUGCCAACCAGGUGGUUCGUGCACUGCUAUCGCAAAAGGGCUUGAGAGAGGAAAUUGGAACUCUCCAGAGGCGGAUUAGAGAGUUGGAGGCACAGAAUCGUGCAUUGUCUGGCCUUUUGGCUCAAGCUACGAGUGCAGCGAGUCCGGGGAGUCCCACGGAGCUUAUUCAAAGUAUUAUCGAGGCUGGACCGGCAGCUCUUGUGGCUGCACUGGGGCUCGACGCCUCCUGGGUGCCCCUUUCCAGGCCUCGGUCACUUAAUCUCAAAAUUCCUGUGAUGGCCACUGCUAAGUGCCGGCGAAAUCGACCUCUGGGUCAAAAAGCAUCCGAGGAAGAGGGGAGUGAGAGCCCGGAGAGUGGGAACAGGGACGAAGGGUACUCGACAAUGUCGUCAGACGUACAGGGUGAGGGUGCACGUCAAGAACCAGCACGUGGUUUGGAGGACCUCAAAGAAGCAACAGACGAAACUGAAGCUGACGUGUCCCCCGAUGCUCGUCUCGUCGCCCUCGAUACCACUGAUCCCGAUGUUCUAUUUCUACCUUUGAAUCUCACUGUUGGAAUCAAUCCAAGACACAGUUAUCCACCGUCAAAGGACCUUCUACCCUAUCAGCAUGUGAUGAGGAGUUUCUCUGAUAGCCACUUGUAUCUCAAGUUGGCUGCUGCGACAGCCAAUUUAACUCAUUCUCCUUAUAAUAUUCCCAGUCCUGCUGGCUCCUCCAGUCUGCUAUUGGUGGAGGAGGAGGGGUGGGACGCCGAGUAUGUUCAGCAGUGGUUAAGAUUGGACGACUCCAGAAGUGCUCAACAACACAAAGACCUCCUGGAGUUGGAGUACGAUCGUGCAGAACUGGAAGAUUGGUCAUUUUCUCUCUCCACUGAAGACCUCCGCACUGAGCCCACCUGGAAGGAAGAAACUCGUUCACUGGCGCCCACACUUCCAGCGAUAAAGGAACACAAUCCCAUAGAGCUCGAGGAGGACGCUAACGAGUGUCUCUGGAAUGGUGCGAGUUAUUUGGCUGAUAGAACUGGAGGUGAGCUCGUCGCACUACUCAUGGACACGAGAUCCUCUGGGCCCUGGCCCUAUGCAUCAAGUCCCGGGGCAUCCUGGAGUAGCGAGGAUGGCAUUCUCGAGUGCUCUAGCAAACGCUCAUCAGCAGCUCUAUCUGGUUAUAGUGAUGAUCAAGACUCACCAUCAAUUGGUACGGAUUUUACCCGGGAUUUUUAUCGACUAGUCAAAUUUGAAAGCACUAAAAGCCUCGCUAGCACGUCUUCCAAGGGUGGAAAACCACCUGAUCGUGAACAGGCACUUCAGAGUGUACUUUCAUUCAUUGCUGAACAACAAAUGUACCUCACUGAGUUGCCAAACAAUUCACAUUGCAAAGAUCAAAAUGAUAUCGAAGUUGCUGAUUAUGAGUACAAAGAAGAUAAUGGAGUAGUGGUAGACCAGGAGGCAUCAGGAGACCCGAAACCAUCGGCUGAAGCAACUGAGAGACUUCCAGAGGCGGCUGCAGUGUCUUCUGGACCAUCAGGUGAACAAUUCGAAAGAAUUCAGGGAAUUUCAUCGCUACCGGAUGACAGAAUGGUAGCAUGCAGUGGAUUGGGAGAGCUGGGAGCUGUUCCUGAAGAGGAUGAGGAGGGGGCAACGUCCUCCACACCCAGUACAGUCGUGAGUCCAGCACGAGCUCCUCUCCUCAUCGAAGGUCAGGACAGGUCCAUCAGCUUCCACGAAAGAGCAACAUCAAAAGAUGUGAUCAAUGAACUCAACCGGAUGAUAAGAAAAGGCGAGGAAAAUCAAAAUCAAUCACAAGAACAAAAUGUUUCCAUCGAUAAAUUGGAUCUCGCAUGUUGUUGCCCCACUGGAUGGGUGCAUGUCGAACGCGAUAUUGAUUUCACUGAUCCAAAGGCAAGAGCAAAUCUUCUCGAUGUCAUGUUGGCGAGUUCAGAAAGCUCAUCAGCAACAUCCAGUAGUGGAUCAGCUGGGAGUGACUCUGGAGAUGAGCCCUCAGAUUAUCGUCAUCUACAUCGGCUCCAUCGUUAUCGACGACAGAAGAAAGCAUCGGCAGUCCAAGCCCAUCGGGUUCUACGUUUGACAUCGUCAUGGGGCUCAACCAGACCCUCAAUUAUCGGACGAGGUGAUGAUUUUUACGUACGUUAUGGUGACAAGGAGAGAGAGGCUGUUGCCUCCUUUGAUUUUCUCGAUGAUAUCACAGCUAAUUCGUCGUCAUCUGGUGAGCUUGAUGACUUACUACCUACUACGGAAUUUAUGAAGGUCUCACCAUUGUGAAAUUGAGCUUAGAGAGAUGGAAAUAUACAAAGUGUAGGAUUUAAGAAUUGUUCUUUACAAUUACGGAGGGAUUUGAGGAAUUCACUAUUGCUGGGAGACGAGAGGGCGAUUGAGCAUUGAUACACUGAGAGAAAAAGUACAUAUUCGGAUACGGCUGUUUUUGAAAAGUUAGUGAGAUUCUAAAAUAAUUAUUGAAAUGAUAAUUUGCAAGGAAAAAACUUGAAGGCAUUUAAAAUGUCUUUAAAUAACGACUAUAUAAUUUAAUUCAUUUCGCGAGUUCUUAUUGGAAAAUAUUUAGUAAUGAAACGGUGAAACCGUUCAAUGCCAAUGGCUAUAAAUAUUCGAGUUCUUCUAUUAAAAGAAUUUAAAGAAUAUUCAAAUAUCCAUGUAUGAAAUUUAUUAUAAUAAUUCACUCGUGUACGAACAUGUCAGUUUUCUUUCAAUGUAGGCUGAACAGUGAGAGAAAUUUCCGGCUCUAUACGUGAACUGACGAUCGAUAGAUGUUUGGAAAUUUUAUAAAUCCGAAAAAGAAAAUUUUAAGUGCGACGGACGAGACAAAUUUCAGUCGGAGCACAGGAAAUACUGAAGAGAAAUCGAUUACAAGUCAGAGAUUUUCAUCGGAAAUUUCCGCCGUUUUUAAUUGAGGUACGUUCCAGCUCUUGAAGUUCUUUCUGAGGAAUCAUACGGAAAGUGAAAUUACCUGUCAAUGAAUUUCGAAUUUCUUAGGAUAAUGAUUAAGAAAGAUUUGUUCUCGAUUUUUAGAGAAUUGUAGAAUUUUUUUUUUGGUAAUGGAGGGAUGAUCUGUGUAGGUGACUUUUCAAGUCUGAAGAACUGUGAGAAAACAAAUUUAUUUAUUAAAAUAUAAACUCGAGAGUUGAAAUCAUUUUUUAACAGAUUUUUUCGAGGUCACUAGGUAAUAAUAGUGAUAACGUUAAUACGCCAACGAGAUAUUUUACACAUUAAAAUUCAAAAUGACAUGAGAAAACAACGAUUUUAAUUCAAUUCAACUUUAUUUUUCAUUUAUUGCAGUGAAGUAAUUCAAUUUGAAAAUAUUCAAAUUGUAAAAUUUCUCGUUAUCAUUCCUGUAGAUAGUUUCUCCUAGUGACGACUGAUAUGAAUAAAAAAUAAUAAUAAAACGAACUACGUUUAAUUUAUUCUUAGGCUUCAACAAAUGUAUUUUUCUUUUAUUUCAUUUCCAUUUUCACGAUUUGCUUUCCUUUUUUUUUUCUAUUGUAAAAAAAUGGCACUUUUCAACUUAAUAUCGAGUGCAAUUGGAAGGUACUACUAAUUAUUAAAUUAAAUGUGUAAUUCGAAAAAAGAUAAAUUGAUGAGAGAGAAAUG